AUGAGGGCCCAGGAGGUGCUCACCAUGGCGAGAGCCGUGGACGCCAGCGAGAACACAGGCCCUACUCAGAUCAGCACGACCACGAUUCUACUCGUCCUCGCCACAGUCUUUGUGGUACUGCGUUUCUGGGCAAGACACUACGUCGCGGCGCAAUAUGGCCCAGACGACUGGCUGAUUGUGGCAGGCUUGAUUUCCGUGUUUGUGAUCGGCGGACUCAACUACGGUAUGGUCGACUACGGCAUGGGCCGGCACGCCAGCACACUCAACCUCGACAUGAUCGAAAACGUGCUCAAGCUACUGCUCGGCUUUGAGUGCAUGUACGUCACAGCCGUGGCUCUCAUCAAAUUCUCACUGUUGGCGAUGUACCUGCGCAUCUUCCCCAGCCGCGGUUUCAAGAUCGCAGCCUGGAUCAUCGGAGGCACUGUGCUGUCGUGGUGGAUUGCCAUCGUGCUCGUCUGCAUUUUCCAGUGCAACCCCAUCUACGUAGCGUGGGAGCCUUGGGAGGCUGGCCAGUGCAUCAACCUCAAGGGCUCCUUCAUCGGCAACGCGGUGCCGAACAUCAUUACCGACAUCGCCAUCUUGAUCAUGCCGGUGAAGCAGGUCUGGGCGCUGCACACCGCACCGGCUCAGAAGAUCUCAUUGAUUUGCACAUUUGGUCUUGGUAGCUUCGUUCUCAUCGCAAGUAUCUACCGAUUCUCAACCAUUAUGCAGUUCGACGUGAACGACACUACUUCCAAGAAGGUGUCGAGCCAGUUCGGCAGCACACAGAACAAGUCCAAGACGGGCAAGUCGAGCAGCCGGGCGACGGAGCUCGUCACCAUCGGCGGCGGCGCGUCGCACAUGAACAGCAGGGCGAUGACCAAGAGCCCCUUCCAGAAGCUCGGCAAGGACUCGGAGUAUAUGUACCCCGGGGAGGAGGACCUGUCGACGCCGUCGCGGGGAGAGUUCGGGAACAACGGGAACGGCAUCGUCAGGACGACAGAGGUCACCAUGACUACGACGACGCACACGUACGCGAGCUCCGGAGACAGUGGGACGAUCCCAGAUUCUCUGCACGAUGCCACGAGGACAAGGAGCCAUGGGAUUGAGCAGCAGGGCAAGGGAUUUGUUUGA